UAUGCGCAACGGUUCUUGCUCCAGUCAGCGUAGGGCGAGGGAGCGGUGAGGUAGAGGUGUGCCGAACUUGCGAGCGUGCCUGUUCCGAGCCCCAGUGCAGAUGUCAUCGCGGCCCAUGAUGCAGCAACAAACCAAAAUGCCGUACCAGCUGCGCGACUUCGAAGACGGUCCGGACGGCUACGAGAUCGGAGGCUUCAGGAGACCGCCGGAACUCAGUGGCCAGGAGAAAUUUCAGAGAUUCUUCUACAACAGAGACGAGGGCACCGUUCUGGGCAGAGGAGGUCGCAGCUGGGCUAAAAUUGGGCUCUUCUACUUCAUAUUCUACACGUGCCUUGCUGCCCUCUUUGCCAUCUGUCUGUGGGUAUUUUAUCAGACAUUGGAUCCUAGAAUACCGAGAUGGACUCAAUCAAGUUCUCUGAUUGGAACAUCACCAGGUCUUGGAUUCCGCCCUAUGCCACCAGAAGAAAAUGUGGAGAGUACAUUAAUUUGGUACAAAGGUACUCAGAAAGUUAAUUUCCAACACUGGACAGACAGCUUGGAUAAAUUUUUAGAAGUAUACAAAACCCCAGGUCUCACACCAGGACGUGGACAGAACAUAUAUAACUGUGAUUAUGACAAGCCACCUGGUCCUGGUCAGGUUUGUGAUGUUGACAUAAAAACCUGGGACCCAUGCACUCACGAGAACAUGUACAACUAUCAUAAAGCAGCUCCAUGCAUAUUUGUAAAAUUGAACAAGAUAUAUGGUUGGGUACCAGAGUAUUACAAUGACACGAACAAUCUCCCUGAAGAUAUGCCUGAAGAUCUGAAAGAUCAUAUUCGUUCAAUCACGGUUCCUGAAAAGAGGAAUACAGUGUGGAUAUCUUGUGAAGGAGAGAAUCCUGCAGACAUUGAAAACAUCGGUCCUCUGAAGUACAUACCAGAUCGUGGGUUUCCUGGAUACUUCUAUCCGUAUGAGAAUUCUGAAGGAUAUCUCAGUCCACUGGUUGCUAUCAAUUUUGAAAGACCCAAAGGUGGAAUACUCAUUAAUAUUGAGUGCAAAGCUUGGGCAAAAAAUAUAAAACAUAAUAGACAGUACAGAAUUGGCAUGGUACAUCUUGAACUUAUGAUUGAUUAGUAACACAAUUCAAUGAAACAAUGUAAUUCUGCAGAUUUGACCAUGGCAAGCUGAACACCAGUUGUAGUAGAAGUGAUACGGAUAUGCUGUAAUUCAACUAUCUGAUGUUUGACUGAGAACAUAUUUGUGUUUUGAACAUAUUUUUGGAGCUGAUUGUCCAGAUUAGACUAUGUAGGAUUAGCAAUUGGUGUUGUAAGAGUGUACAGUACAGUGCUGUGUAGUGGAGUGUAUCAGCUGAAACAUGAACUGCAGUAGUUUUGAGUGUCACCAUUUUGUCUUUACUGCACAGCCAACAAAUUCCCAACAAUCCUAGUCAACUUGGUUAUAUAAUGGUGUGCCUUAAUUCAAAAAUUUCUGGGGAAUUUGAAAAUUUAUGGUAUUUCAUGUGUAUAUUGUCAUAUGCCACAUUCAUUUUCAUUAAGAUAUUUUACUUCUAAUUCUUCAGAAUAUAUUGUUGUAAUUUAGUAAUUUAUCAUCUUUGUUGUUGCAAUUCUUUCUUAAAGUCUUUGUCACACAAAUCAGUUUUCAGAACUACUGUAAUAUUUUCCAUUCUGCCUUUUGCAUAUGUAUUGCUUGAACAUUGUUGUAACACAACUAUUUGUAUGUUUAAAGAAAAGGCUGCCACCAGCUGUGCAUGCUGUUUCCUGCAGCAUGUAAGAAAACAUGACACACUUUUAGUACCUAUUUCACACAACAGGAAUUUUGGAUAUUUAGGAGAAAGAUCUUUAUUAUUUUCUCAGUUCUGUUUUAACUUGAAGUAGAUCUUAUAUGAAAAUAAAAUAUUUUUUAAUA